AAUUCGAGAGCGUGCACCCAUCUUUUGACGUCGAGUAUUCCGUGGAUGCGACACCAAGAGGUCAUUUUACGAUUUUCCUCCUCCCGGGCACGAUGUUCUCGUGCUACGUGCUGUCCAAGCAAGAUCUGCUCGCAAUCGUGCAUUUGGUGUGCUGUGUUUUCGGCAUCGGGUCGCUCGCGAUGCCGUACAUCUUGGCCCAAGCUGGCCCGACCUACUCGGCCGUCGCUUUCAUCUUAAGUUGCUUUUUCAACACGUACGCGACGGUCGCGCUGUCGCGCUGUUUCCUCAAGCUCCGCCAUUUGCCGCACAUCCACACGUACACAGACUUGGCGGUCCAUAUGUGGGGGUCCAAGGGCCGCCUGGUCGUGCAGGCGACCCAGCUCACGACGUGCUUUCUCCUGCCUGUGGCGUUCCUCGUCCUCGGUGGCGCGACGCUCCUUCCCGCCAUCUUUGACGGUGCCAUCAAUCUGCCGUCGACGGUGUGGAUCAUUCUCAUGGCGGUCGCGUUGCUCCCGAUCAUCUACAUUCGCGUGUUGCAUGAAGCGUACAUUGUGCUGAUCUCUGGUGCGGCUGCGACGUUUAUCGCGGACGUGAUCGCGACCGUCGAUGCGUACGUCGCCCAUGGGAACGAGCUGUUUGAACCGACGGACAACGUGAGUUUCACGAAUGUCCUGGACACGUUCGGGUCGUUCGCGUUGUCGUACGGCGCGGCGUUAAUUGUGCCCCAGCUGCACCACCACCACCCGCAGCCAGAGAGGUUGCCCACUGCGCUGGCAUACGGGAUGCUGUUGAUCUCGGCCUUUUAUGUGACGCUCGGCGCCCUGGGGUAUGCGCAAUUUGGGUGCGCAUCGCCCAACAACUUGCUCCUCGCCAUGUCGCACUCGACGCAUCGCCGCCGCGUGGCGUAUGCAUCCAUGUUUUUGCACGUUGCGAUUGCAUUUGCCGUGCUGUUGAACCCGUUCUUGGUCACAGUGGAGAAGUCACUGUUCCCCCAAAACGCGGCCCUGGACAAAUGCGACGAUGACGUGGAAACUGAAGGCGACGGCGACAUGGUGGCCGCUGCUGACUUCAACGAGCUGGAGACCCCCAUGAAGGCCGCAGUGGUCAAGACUGCUGAGCCGCUGGACGCGCCCAAGAACGACGCGACUGUCGCUUCAUUAGUCGCAUUAAACGACACGGUGGACGCCCGCGAGCCGCAACCUCCCGCCAAGUUCAGCGACACCACCCGCCGCAUCCUCUUCCGCACUGUCGUCGUUGCCAUCCAAUGCUUCCUCGCGAUGCUCCUGCAACGGUCGUUCUUCGACAUGGCCGAUCUCAUGGGCGCGUCCCUCACCAACAUGUGCUCCGUCAUCUUGCCCCUCCUCUUGUACUACAAACUGUUCAAGGCCGACAUGUCCACCGCCCACAAGAUCGUGUGCUGGACUGUCAUUGUCGUGUCGAUCAUGCUCGGAUCGUACUCGACGAUCCAAGCCAUCAUCCGUAUCGUCAAGAAUGCAUCCGAGUACACGCUGUUUUCGAGCGUCACGUCGUCCAAGCGCACGUCGUACCCGUUUUGCCCGGUUGGCUACACCGACCGAAAAGCGCCAUUUUUGGACUCGUUCGAGUAGUAGAAGUGCCGUUGGCCCUUUGCCACGCGUCCUGUACAGUCGAAACACUCUUGCCUAAUGUGACCUUGUAUCCCUU